UUGCAAUGGUCGUGUCUUGCGCGGUGGCUAUGGGUGGCCACUGACAUCGAAUAAUCUAACAUGUUUUAACUUACGUGUAUGGAAUUUAUUAAUUAUAAGCAUAUAUCAGUAAGUCUAUAAAAAGAAAAGAACACAAUGAUGUUGCAUAAAACAAACAUAAAAUUAUGUCGUCUUUGUGGCAAAGAAAAACAACAGGGCACAGAUUUAUUGGCUGACAAAGUUAAAGGAACUGUAUUAAUGUCAAUUAUAAACAAGUAUUUCUCUAAGGAGGUAAUAAAUAUCUCUAAUUCCGACGCAUUUUCUAAAUAUGUCUGUAUAGAUUGUGAGCAAAAAAUUUAUGUAUUCGAUGAGUUUUAUUUAAUGGUAGCAAAUGUACAAAAACAGCUGGCAGCUCCAUCAUUGGAAAUUGAUUUUGCAGAGGAUAUGUUAUGUCAAUUGAAAGUAAAUGAGACAGUACCUAAAAGUACUUUAAACAAAGAUGGAAUAAGGAAAAAUGUAUGUCCAAUAUGUGCUAAAAGCUUUAGAUGUCAGGCUCAUUUAAUCAGACAUAAACGUAUUCACACUGGACAAAGGCCUUUUGUUUGUAAUAUUUGUAAAAUGUCAUUCAAUCAACAAGAAAUAUUAAUGAAACAUAAAGAGAGACAUGAAGGAAAGAAAGAAUUUCGUUGCGCCAAUUGUCAUCAGUCGUUUCGUUAUAAAGUGUCAUUGAAAUCUCAUAUGAUAAGUUUUCAUAUGGAUAUGGAACAAUCUGUUAAUAAUCAAAACUUGCCAACAGAAAAUAACUCGUUUAUGUGUUCGGAAUGUGGUAAGCAAUUUGUGACAAAAUAUAAAUUGCAAAGACAUUCACGGUGCCAUACCGGGGAGAGACCUUAUCAUUGUACGUUUUGUUUAAAAACAUUUUCGCAAACUGGUAAUUUAAAAGUACAUCAGGUGAAAUAUCAUCAGAUAUCUGCUUCUUUGACCGAUUUAAGAAGGGAGGCUCAAUACGAUAAUCAAAUUGUCGACUGUGAUGUACCAGCCGAAUUAAAUAAUUUUCAUACGAUAAAUAUGUCAGAGAUUGAAUUACAAAAUACAAUAAACGAAACGAUAAAUUCUACGCAACAAAGUAGUUCAUAUGUUACAAAAAUAUAUGAAAAUUCUUUGUACAUCGAUGAAGAAAUUGAAACGAUACUAGAUCGUGAUCUUGGCCAAUUGGAACAAAAUAAAUAUUCAACAAAUUUGCAAGAUAAAUUAUCUCUUUGUUUGAAACAACCAGAAACUCCUGAAUUAUUAAAUAGUUUGUUGUAUGAUGAUGGAUAAUUUCCUAGAUUUAGUUAAACGAUUAUCGACUG